GUCGCCGCCCCCCGGAAGGAGCAGCGGGGAGGGGGGAUCCGGCCCUCCGCCCCUCCCCUCGACUCCCUGGAGCAGCAGAUGGAGAAGGCGCAGGAGGACGCAUCCCGGUUGCGUGGCAUCGUGCUGCCCAUGGAGGAGGAGAUCGCUCAGCUCAAGGCCAAGCUGGGCCGGGCCGAGGCCCUUAUCCGGGACUUGCGCAGGGGGCAGAGCUCCCUGGGUGGCUCGUCCGAGUCCCUGCUGUCUGAGCCUGGGAGGCCGGAGCCCGAGGAGGAGGAAGAAGAGGAAGGGGAGGGCGGGGUCCUGGCCUUUGCCCGGGGGGGUGACAGCCUCUCCAUCGGUGGCUCCCCCCGGCCUCGCCGGCCCAGCCCAGACCCCAGUCAGGGCCCUGGCCCAGGGGAGCAGGACGACACGGCCUCACUGGUCUCCACAGCCACCCUGGUCCCUGAGAGCAUCUACCUGCCACCCCCUGGCUUCCAGCUGGUGCCUGCCGCUGAGUGGGGGCAGCUGCAGCUUGAGGUGAGGCGGCAGCAGGAGCAGCUGGAGGCUGCCAUGCAGGAGAAGCUGGGGCUGGAGGAGGCACUGAGGCGCAGCAGCGAAGACUGCAGCAAGCAGGUUCAGGUGCUGCUGCAUCAGGUCCAGAGGUCAGAGCAGCUGUUGCAGAACCUGCAGGUGACUGUGAGCCAGACCCAGCACCGGACUCAGGAGCAGCUGGCUGAGCUGGCGUUGGCCCACAAGCGCCUCAGCCAUGAGGUUCAGCGCCUGAGCGAGGAGAAUGAGGGGCUCCGGGACACCCGGCCCCACCUGGCCCCUGGUGAUGGGCACCCGGAGCUCAGCUCCUCCCAGGAACUGUUGCGACGGGCAGAGGAGCACCAGGUCGAGCGGCUGCGCAUUGAGAUUGUGGUGCUGCGGGAGCAGCUGGAACAGGAGGUGGCAGCUCGGGGCCAGCUGCAGGCCCAGCUUGACAGCCGAUGCGAUGACAGCCAGCUCAUGGAGGCGUCACUGUGCAGCGUCCGGUCGGAGAUGGAGCGGCUGCAGCAGGCCCUGGGGCAGGCGCAGGAGCGGGUGCAGGGGCUGGAGACUGAAGCUGAGAAGAUGCGGGGGGGGCUGGCGCAGCGGCAGCAGCAGGGCCAGACCUGGGAGCAGGAGAAGACGGUGCUGGUGGCGGCGCUGGACACCAGUGAGCAGGUGCAGCGGGAUUUCGUGCGCCUCUCCCAGGCCCUGCAGGUGCGGCUGGAGCAGAUCCGCCAGGCCCCGUCGCUGGCCGAGGCGCGGCGUGUCGCCGACGGGGCCCACCUGGACGUCGCUGCUGUGGCGCCUCCGGCCCGGGACCAGCCCUGAGGUGCCAGGGGCCCUGGACUGUUCUCUUGUGUGGGGCCAAGGGGAGACCGCCCAGUCCCCGCCUGCCAGCCCUCCACCGCGCUCUGCCUCUCAGGGACGCCCUGGCUGCACGCCAGCCACGCACGGGCCCGGGCCCAGGCCCAGGCUCCCGAAGCCUGCUCCUGACCCAACUGUUACUAACGCCCGUGAUGGUUCCGCCUGGCACCGACCUGGGCCGGGUGGGAGCCCCGUCCCCAGUGCUAACACCCCGCCCGGGGAUUAAAGAUCACUGUGUCACCGCCCA